AACAAACAGUCCAAUGGAAGGAAUAUGCUUCAAAUUUUCAAUUUUUGGUCAGUGAUUAUUGAUUAUUUUUAUAAAUAAUCCUCUUAUUUUUAAAACAACUUACAAAAGCCGUUUAUAUUAGUCAUAAUAUUGUUACAAUGGUGCUAACUAAAGAAUACAGAAUAUGCAUGCCGAUGACUGUGGAAGAGUAUCACAUAGGACAACUUUAUAUGAUAGCGAGACAUAGUUUGGAACAAUCAGGAGAUGGUGAAGGGGUCGAAGUAGUCGAAAACAGAGAAUGUUUGGAUGAAAAACACGGCAAAGGACAAUUUACAGAAAAAAGGAUUCAUCUCUCAAGCCGUCUUCCAUAUUGGGUUCAGUCUGUCAUUCCAAAGAUAUUUUAUGUAACAGAGAAGUCAUGGAACUUUUAUCCAUUUACUAUAACUGAAUAUACAUGUUCCUUUAUUCCCAGAUUUAACAUAUCAAUUGAAACCAAAUAUGAGAACAACAAUGGAUGUACAGAAAAUUGUCUCGGCCUAUCUCCCGAAAAAUUAGCUGAAAGAACAGUUGACCAUAUCGAUAUUGCAUAUGAUGAAUUAUCAGCAAAACACUAUAAAGAAGAAGAAGAUCCUCGAUUUUUUCAAUCCAGAAAAACACACAGAGGGCCCUUGGUCGAUGGUUGGAGAAGUAACUGCCAGCCAAUAAUGUGUUCAUAUAAAUUGGUACAUGCCUCAUUUGAAGUAUUCGGCCUACAGACUAAAGUAGAAGAUUUUAUACAUUCGUGUAUAAGAGAAGUUCUUCUCUUGGGCCAUAGACAGGCAUUCGCAUGGAUUGACGAAUGGAUAGAAAUGAAUAUGGAGGAUGUUAGAAAAUAUGAGUCACAACUACAAUCGCAGACUAAUUCUUUAUUAAAACAGUCAGCAGGAUCACCAUCUGCAUCAGUUUCAGGUCCAGAAACGUCGUUAGUGGGCGUUGAUGGAGGAGGCGAUGGAAUACAGGAUAAAACUCUAUUAGGAACAACACCACCAGAAACACCAAAGACCCCGACAAAAAAGGGAUAUUUCUCGAAUUGGUUUUAAAUUGUACUUGUUAAAGAUGUAGUUACUCAUUGUGCAAUGUUAUUUUAUUCUGUUGUACAUUUUUUUUUAGCUAAUUUAUUAAUAAAGUUUUCAAUAAUUUUU